AGACAUGCUAGUUUCCUGUAUGAUUAACAGUGAUAUUGCAUGCCAUUAGGAAUAUUCCAAUAUGGUUAUAUCAUGGCAAAGGCCAUAUCGUUUGUUUGUUCGUUGUAUUCGUGGCUUUGAAGAUGCUCUAUAUCGUGAAUUGAUAUCAUUUGGAUUUUCUCGGCCGACCUUGAUAAAGAGUCACUCUGGUAUAUUUGUUGAGAGUGUAUCUUUACGUCGUUUAUAUUUUAUAAGUUAUUUUUCCAGACUCACCAAUGGUGUAUUUGUAGAGGCUAAACACUUUCCAAUAAAAGAUAGGACUUCGUUUAUCGAGCACUGCGCGGAUACACCAUGGUCUGAUUUCAUUGCUUCUGACAGCACGUUUCGUAUAGACUCAACUGUCCGUGAUGCUACUAGUUUUAUUAAAAGUUGCCGAUACGGAUCACAGUUGGUGAAGGAUGGUAUUAUGCAGCAUUUUGAUAAUGAUAAAACAAGAAUGCACCAAGCGGUAUCACUUCGUGACCCUACUAUUAGGUUGGAGUUGCAUAUAGCUAGUGGCGAUGCCACCUUACUGGUUGAUGCAACUGGUACAUCGUGUUCCAGACCUUAUCGCUACAAGCCAUCCAUUAGUGAUAUUGAUCCUACCAUUGCUGUAGGUUUGUUAAAUGAUAGUGGCAUUUUAUCUUUUGAAUCUCAUGGGUGUGCUGUUGAGGAGUACGAGCGCUUAUGUGAAAAGAAGGUUGUGGAUGGUCAAGAUGUUUGUGAUAAUCCAGGAAUUAAUCAUAACGUCUUGUCAACAACAAGUUAUCCAGAGGCUACAUUAUCUCCUAUUAGCUGCAGUGAUACAUUCUCACGAGGAUGUAUCAUUGAUGUAUUUUCUGGCUGUGGUACAUUUCUGAUAGAAGCUGCUAUGAUCUCUGAGAGGAUAUUUCCUGGCUGGCUUGUAUCAGAAUUUGGUUUUCAGAAAUUCAAUUUAUAUGAUCAUUUUGCAUUCGUUAUGUUAGAGAAGUACGGUAUGAGUUUACGGGUGGGCGAUCGUAGGGCACCUGAUAACUGUCUAAAGAACAAAUUGAUUGGCGUUGACUCCUGCUGGGAGAAGGUAGAGUCUAGUUUAUAUUCUGCACAUAAGGCUGGAGUAAUGGAUCAUGUUAAAAUAAUUCAGAGUGAUAAUUUAAAGUCUGCCCUAUAUGAUUUGCAUCAUACGUCAAAAAUAGCCAAUGACAGUUGGGACUAUGUAAUAAUUCAACUACCCCGAUUGAGACCAUACACUGACGGACUGACAUCGCAUAUUAUACCUAGGCCCAAUACAAAAGAUCGCAAAACUAUUAUUGAGCCCGAUCGGUAUUAUCGUUUAUUGAGCAACGUUACAAAGACAAUUCGUAAAUUGUCUUCUAGCAAUGUUCGUGUAUUAUUGAUUGCUCCUGCCGGAUUGGACAAGGUUGAACUAGAAACUUCCUACGGUCGCCCUUUAAAUGGCGGACGUCACUUUAUGAAGUGUGGAGUACCACAUGUUGCAUAUUACGGUUGACACCACA